AUGGGUUUUCAAAUCACCCACCUGUGGAAGGCCCCUGAGGUCAACCCCAUCAGCCGAAAAGCACGAAGUGUGCCUAUGCUCAACCCUAUCGACAUGUAUGGUCGAGUAUUCUCUUUCUCAUGGCUCGGUUUUAUGCUUGCUUUCUGGGCAUGGUACACCUUUCCACCCCUGUUGACUGUCACUAUCAAACAAGAUCUUCAUCUUACACCGGCUCAAAUCGCAAACUCCAACAUCGUAUCUCUAUCUGCUACUUUCUUCCUUCGAUUCUUGACCGGCCCUCUUUGCGAUCUCUAUGGACCUCGACGUGUAUUUGCCUACUUGAUCCUCCUCGGCUGCUUUCCCAUUGGCCUCGCACCGCUUGUCAACAGCGCCACUGGCUUAUAUAUCUCUCGAUUCUUCAUUGGCAUCCUAGGUGCAACCUUCGUGCCUUGCCAGGUUUGGUGCACUGGUUUCUUCGACAAGAAUGUUGUCGGCACUGCCAAUGCCCUUGCUGGUGGCUGGGGUAAUGCAGGUGGUGGAAUCACUUACUUUAUCAUGCCUGCCGUCUUCGACUCACUAGUAGCUCAUCAGGGCAUGUCCCCUUCCAAGGCAUGGAGGGUUACCUUCAUUGUCCCCUUGAUCUGCCUGGUCGUCUGCGGUCUCGGAAUGCUGUUCCUUUGCCCCGACAGCCCUAUCGGAUCGUGGGAGGACCAGGCUAUGCUCGUCAAAAAGAACAUGGAGGCUCAUGGAAUGUCUAGCUCUGGUGACGUGACCCCCAUCGGUACACCUGACCGCUGCGGUUCAGAUGAGGAGAAGAACCCCGGUGAGGAGAGGGAUGUCAAGGUUGGCGACCACGAGCACCCUAUCUCGCGCAACGAGGCCAUUGAGUUCGCUCGAGGCGAGGUCAUUGUCAAGCCAACUCUUCAUGAAGCCCUCCAUGUCUGCUACUCUCCCCAGACCAUCUUCCACGUGGCGACCUAUGCAUGCUCCUUCGGUGGCGAGCUUGCUAUCAACGCUAUCCUGAGCUCCUACUUCAAGAAGAACUUCCCCCACCUCGACCAGACCAAGGCCAGCAACUACGCCGCUAUCUUUGGUUUCCUCAACUUCGUCAACCGACCUCUUGGUGGAGUCAUUGCCGACAUCAUCUACAACAAGUGCGGACGCAACCUCUGGCUCAAGAAGGCCUGGAUCGUCGCUUGCGGUGUGCUGACUGGAGCUCUUCUCAUUGUCAUUGGAAAGGUCAACCCUUCUGAAGCCAAUGGUGGUGAUAUUGGUACCUUGGUUGGCCUCAUCGUGGUCAUGGCCAUCUUCAUCGAGGCUGGCAACGGUGCUAACUUUGCUCUCGUACCUCACGUUCACCCCUCUGCCAACGGUAUCCUCUCAGGCCUGACCGGUGGUGGUGGUAACAUUGGUGGUGUCAUGUUUGCUGUUGUCUUCCGCUUCAUGCACGGCGGUAAUGACUACGCCAUGGGUCUCUGGGUCAUUGGUAUCAUUACCAUUGCCUUGAACUUGGCGGUUUGCUGGAUCCCUCCUCUGCCCAAGGGCCAGAUUGGCGGCCACUAA